AGAAGAAGCUGGCAAGCGUGUGAGUGUGUGUGUGCUGUUUGACUUGACUUGGCUUCAGCGCAAGAAAAAGCGAUCAGCAGAAGCGACACCAAGGUGUCUUGAAUCCUUCCCGUGCGGGUGACUAAGCGUGGGAUUUUGUCUCGCGCGGCUAACGCAGAUCUGCGGAGACGUCGUCGCGCUUCGCUGCUCAGCUGCCUUUCCACACCACCUGACAAGCCGCAGGCGCUCGCGUCCCGCUCAUCCCCCUUACGCGUCGCCGAGCAGCCAGGCCACUCCCGCACUCGCUCCAAUUCCUCGCGGCCGCCCUCGAAUCCUCAAAUCCCCGAGUCUGUCUCGAGUCCGUCCCGCCAUCAUUAUCAUCAUGUCCAAGGCGACACUCGCCAUCAUCGCGGCCGCGGGCGCCGUCACCGGCUCCGCCGUAACCGCGGCCUUCUACUCGAGCAAGCGAGAAGCGCCCGCGACGCCGCCCACCGCCGCCGCAGCCACAAUCGCAGCGGCGCAAGGCGCAGCGGCAGCAAUGCCCUCGACACCGUUGAGCAAAGCAGCGGGCGGGGCGCCCGUCGACCCCUCCGGGCUCUUCCAAUACGGCUUCCCAGGGCCGGUCAACGACCUGCGUGAAGCGCUCUCCCUGACAUCAGCGUUCGACCGGCGCACGCGCAACCCGCACUGGGUGGCCGAGCACAUGACGCCGGGGUCGUUGGCGCAGAACAACGCAGACAGGAAGGGCAGUGCGUUCACCGAGGACCACGCCAUCCCAGAGAAGUUCCGCGCAAAGCUCAAGGACUACUUCCGCAGCGGCUACGACCGCGGGCACCAGGUCCCCGCUGCCGACGCAAAGUGGAGCCAGCCUGCCAUGGACGACACGUUUGCGCUGAGCAACAUGUGCCCGCAGGUCGGCGAGGGGUUCAACCGCGACUACUGGGCGCACUUUGAGGACUUCUGCCGCCGCCUCACCCACCGCUACCCCUCUGUCCGCGUUGUCACGGGCCCUCUGUACCUGCCCCGCCGCGACCAGGACGGCAAGUGGCGUGUCUCGUACGAGGUCAUCGGCUCGCCGCCUAAUGUCGCCGUCCCCACCCAUUUCUACAAGGUCAUUUACGGCGAGGAUGGCCGUACGGGCGGCGACGUCGCGCUUGGCGCUUUCGUCCUCCCCAAUGCGCGUAUUGCGAACGAUAAGCCGCUUACUGACUUUGAGGUCCCGCUUGAGGCGGUGGAGCGCGCUUCGGGGCUCGAGUUUGCGACGAAUCUGCCUGUGGCUCGUAGGAAGACGCUGUGUAAGGAGGUGCAGUGCUCGUUGGUUGUGAAGGAGUAUAAGGAGCGCCAGAAGGCGUUUGGCCAGAACCAGGGGAAGCGGUAG